UGUCUUUACGUCACAGACGGCGGCUGACGGCAUGCGGCUGUGCCUGGUCCUGGCCGCUAUGACCGCGGUGGCCGCCAUGGCCGGGUGUCGCGCGGCGCCGUCCUACCAGGUGCUCGCGGUGCUGCCGCACUUCGGCCGCAGCCACUUCGACGUGUUCGAGCCGUACCUGCGGCACCUCGCGCGCCGCGGGCACCAGGUCACCGUGCUGGGCCGCUUCCCGCUGGCUCACCCCGUCGCCAACUACACGGACCUGGCUCUGCAGCCGCGCGCCUCCCGCGAGGUGUUCUCCCUCGCAGACCUCGAGGGCUCGUGGGCGCUGGGGGACAGCCUGGUGCUGGCCCGUCAGGGGCUGGACGCCUGCGAGGAGGUGCUGUCCUCCGAGCCCGCCCGGGAGCUGCUGUUGUCCGGCCGCACCUUCCACCUCGUCGUCCACGAGCUAUUCGACACCGACUGCUUCCUGGGGUUCGCGCACGCCUUCCGCGCGCCGCACCUCGCCGUCAGCUCGUCGCGGCUCAUGCCGUGGGGCGGGGCGCGCUUCGGGAACCCGGACCCGGCGCCGCUGCCCGGCCGGACCCUCGGCGAGAGGCUGGUCGACUUCCUGGAGCUGGCGGCGCACAAGUCGCUGCACCGUCGGGCGGGACUCGCGCGCCGCACCUCGCUGGUGCUCGUCAACACGCACUUCAGCCUGAACGGGGCGCGCGCCUCCCAGCCGGCCGUCGUCGAGGUGGGCGGCAUCCACCUGCGGCCGCCCUCGCCGCUGCCGCGGGACCUGGACGAGCUGCUGUCCGGGAACCGGCACGGCGCCGUCUACUUCAGCAUGGGCUCCAUGAUCCGGGCCGACACCUUCCCUCCAGACAAGACCCGCGCGCUCCUCGACGCCUUCUCCGCGCUGCCGCAGACCGUGCUGUGCAAGUGGCGCGGUGACCCGCCGCUAGGCGCACCGCCCAACGUGCACUUCCGAGACUGGCUGCCCCAGCAGGACGUGCUCUGCCACGGGAACGUGGUGGCGUUCGUGUCGCACGGCGGACUGCUGGGCACCAUCGAGGCGGCGCACUGCGGAGUGCCCAUGGUGGUCGUGCCCAUGUACGGUGACCAGCCUGCCAACGCGCGCGACGUUGUGGCCCGGGGAAUGGCCGUCCGCCUCGGCUACAGGGACAUCACCGCCGCCAGCGUGCUGCGAGCGCUCCGCGCCGUCAUCAACGACACACGGUACGGGGAGAGCGCGAGGCGGGUCAGCCGGGCGUUCCGGGACAGGCCCAUGUCCCCCGCGGACACGGCGGUCUACUGGACGGAGUACGUCGCACGGCACGGAGGGGCCCCUCACCUCCGGUCGGCCGCCGUGGACCUCGCCUGGUACCAGUACUUGCUCCUGGACGUCGCGGGGGCGCUAGCGGCCGCGGUCGCCGCCGCCGGGUGGUUAGUCCGCCUCGCGGUGGCCCGGCUCCUGUCCGCCUGUCGCCUCCGCAAGCUCAAGGCCAGCUAGAAGACAUAGACCCUCUUGUGUGGAGUUUACAAGGCACAGUACAGUCUCCAAUAACCGAGUUAACGUGGACAUAAGAAAAACCACAAGUCAACAUGAAUAUCAUACUGAAUCGUCUUCGGUUUUCAGUUGGCCCAGAGGUAUCAUUUUUCGAGGUUAUGUUUAUCCAGAUUUUCUUCUGUGCGCUCGAGGCCAGCUAGAAGACACAGACACUCUCGUGUGGAGUUUACAAGGCACAGUACAGUCUCGUAUAACCGAGUUAACAUGGACAUAAGAAAAAAAACACAGCCAACGUGAAUAUUAUACGGAAAUCAUCUUGGGUUUUCAGUUGGCCCAGAGGUACCAUUUUUCAGGGUUAUGUUUAUCCAGCUUUUCUUCUGUGCAGAGAUUCUUUCACGUCAUUCCAAAAUUUGCCCGAAGAGUAAAUGUCAUCUUUGAGGUUAAUUUUUAUUUAAAGCUUUCAACAAAGGGUUAAAUCGCUUUCUAGGUCCUCAAGCAAAAAACAAGUCUUUGCCGGUGCUUGCUAAACUCCGAUGAACAUGUAUUAGCAAAAUGUAACUGAAACGCAUGUAAAUGUGUAUGAAUUACUACAAGAAAAGGUAUUUGUGUUUCUAGAAUUGUUUAUGUUUUGGUUAGUUUUGUCAUAAAACACAAUUUUAAUAUCUUAUAUGUCAGAUAAAUCAUGUUUACCUUUGUGCUAAUUUUUAUUUGUUAUUUUUAUAUUUGCUAGUGAUUUGUUAAUUUAGUUUAUAUUUUAUUGGUUUUGCGAGUACUUUUUUUUUUGCUAUAGUUUUUAUUAAGUUUGUCUUGCAUGUACCUACUUUGUAAAGCUGUAAAAUAAAUAAAUGACACUUCAGGUCGGCUUGAAUAAUACGGAACUUCGGUUAGCCGAGACACUGUUACAAGGUUGAAAAUAACAGACUAUAUAAAACAAACUCUUUGUUAGGUAAUUUUUUAUCCUCCAAGUUGUUAGUUUUACAUAAAUAGUUACUAUUGUUGUGUGUUUACUGCAUUAGAGCAGGAUUUUUCAUUUUAUCAAGUCAUGACUGAAAAAUCGCAGAAAUUUGACAUACAUGAUGCUGAUGCUGCAUCUGAAAUGAUGAUUUGCAAUGAAUAGUAAAGUUGGUGUGAGUGAGAGUCAAUGCAGAGCUCAGAACAAUCAUUAAUGAAGGAAGAUUGUCUGUACCAACAAAAUUAACAUCAGCGAUGUAAAAACUAACUAAAACUACGGCUUGUUUGUAAUCUCGCGUGCCACACACUUGAAGCCAAACAAACAAUCUGAAACAAUCACAGCGAUCGAUUACUGCCUCAAGGAAGUUGGCCCAACCAGCAUAGCUUUUGGGAAUGUAUGUCUGCACAAAAAUAGUUUUCUUUCUGUGUAUGCUAUGCAUAGCAGCCGACCUGUGAUUACUGAAUUACUGAAGCUGCUGAACAAUUUUCAAGUUCCACACUUACUUAAACUAGCUGAGCCAACUCAAAACAUCCAAGCAUCAGUUCAUUCAUCACCUCCUGUUUUCUGAAGAGUAGAACAUACCAAAUUGAGAUUUUGGUUGUGGAUGUAUACUUAUGAUGUGAAAAUAGUUUUGAAUCAUUAUUAAAGAUUUUUUAAAAAUAUAAUUUCUAGGAAGCUGAAAUAAAAAUGAACAAAAUUUUUUACUAUACUACGUAUUAA